AUGAAGCACAACAAUCUUACCAUAAUCACCGAGUUUGUUCUUCUGGGAUUUCCUGAACUUCAUGGAAUACGGAUGGUGUUUUUUGCUCUUGUUCUUCUGAUGUACCUCAUUUCAGUCUCUGGCAACUCUUUAAUCAUCACCAUUAUCUUUAUGGAGCCCAAACUGCACAUGCCCAUGUAUUUCUUUCUUAGCAGUUUUUCCCUGGGUGAGCUCUGUAGCACCACAGUGGUGGUACCAAAGAUGCUGACUAACAUGAUCUUGGACCAAAACAUGAUUUGUUUCACAUGUUGCAUGGUGCAAACUUUCUUUAUCUUCUUUGUGGGAAGCACACAAUUCAUCCACCUCACCGUAAUGUCCUUUGAUCGUUAUGUGGCCAUUUGCAAACCUUUCCUGUAUAAUGCCAAGAUGACCAAUGGGCUCUGCUUCUGUCUUUCGUUAUUUGCUUGGAUUGGUGGAUUUAUGGUUGUCCUUUGUCAAUCUGUAGUUGUAUGGGCGUUCCCAUUCUGUGGACACAAUGUCAUCAACCACUUCUUAUGCGAUCUUGGGCCUGUUUUGAAACUAGCUUGUGCUGAUACAACAGUGAUGGAACUUAUCUUUCUCAUUUAUGGUAUUAUACUUAUACUAGGACAGGUGUGCCUAAUUCGCUAAUCUCGCCCACAAUUUCUCUUUACAGUGGUUUCUUAUGCAUGCAUCAUAAGUGCCAUAAUUCAGAUUCCAUCUGUCAGUGGCCGAUCCAAGGCAUUUUCCACAUGCUCUUCCCAUCUCACCAUUGUCUGCAUCUUCUAUGGGGCAAUGUUCUUCAUGUAUCUGAAACCUUUGACCCAAGGUGACAGUCAAAUCAACAAAGUGGUUUUCUUUGUGACAAUAGUUGUUUUGCCUGCUGUUAGCCCUUUCAUCUUCACAAUCCGAAACAAAGACUUCAAAGCAGCUGUGAACAAGUUUUUGGUUGGCUUUCGUUGUGAUGUUAUUGUACAUAAUUUGUUAGCCAACUUGGUGAUCCUUACGAUGGCAGAAAAGUGUGGGGCCGCUUCAGAAAUUGUUCUCACUCAGUCAGGCCCAGAAGUGAAGAGACCUGGAGAAUCCACCCGGCUGACAUGUUCCACCGGUGGAUUUGAUCUGAGCAGCUAUACCAUGCACUGGAUCCGACAGCCUCCGGGAAAAGGGCUAGAAUGGCUGCUUUAUUAUUAUUCAUCAUCAAGCAACAGCUACUCCCCAGCCAUCCGAGGCCGAUUCACGGCCUCCAAGGACAGCUCCAACUUGUACCUUCAAAUGAACAACCUCAAGCCAGAUGAUACGGCUGUGUAUUACUGUGCAAGAGAGACACAGUGA